UGUGUUUUCACUAACAUCCUUUCCUGUUGAUUCACGUAAACAGUGCUCCAGGAGUGGUAUGUGGAGUGGAAAAGUGAAUCAAUCUGGGCGGUCCCUGUAACGGGUGAUCUGCUUUGUAAUUUGUGCAAAGGAAUUUCUCCAAGGAAACUGUUUGCUUUCUUCCCAAACACUUUGUUGCCUAACUCUUCGUGGAACAAAACUCUGUCUCUGUAGCUCAUCUCAAAAUCGUUUCAACUUGCAGCCCACAUCCUCUGUUUGCUCAGCAUUCCCUGGAAAGCUCCACCCUCACUCCCAGCUAAUAACCACGUUCACCCACAGCUCGAUUUUCCCAGUCUCUCCUUUGCCCUCCCGGGAGCACUUCCUUUCCCACUGGCCCCAGCCUUGUGAGCAGCUGGUGAAGGCCUCUGUGCUGGCAGUGGCAGCCCGGGAUUUGUCCUGCCAAGCAGCCUCUUUUCCCGCUGGGAAGCACAUCAUGAGCGUGGGGACAGUGCUCUUCCAGUCCAGCAGCUAUGGCAAAGAGGGGAGGCUGCUCUGCUGCCUCGGCGAGGGAGCCUCUGAGCCUGGCAUGAGCUUCUCAGAGGCCCUGCACCGCCCCUACGGCUGUGACGUGGAACCCCAGGCACUGAACGAAGCCAUCAGGUGGAGCUCCAAGGAGAACCUGCUCGGAGCCACUGAGAGCGACCCCAAUCUCUUUGUUGCACUUUACGAUUUUGUAGCAAGCGGAGACAACACCCUCAGCAUCACCAAAGGUGAGAAGUUGCGAGUCCUGGGUUAUAACCAGAAUGGCGAGUGGAGCGAGGUACGUUCGAAGAAUGGGCAGGGCUGGGUACCAAGCAACUACAUCACACCAGUGAACAGCCUGGAAAAGCACUCCUGGUACCACGGGCCGGUGUCCCGCAGUGCAGCAGAGUAUCUACUGAGCAGCCUCAUCAACGGCAGCUUCCUGGUGCGGGAGAGCGAGAGCAGCCCGGGGCAGUUGUCCAUCUCGCUCAGGUACGAAGGACGUGUUUACCACUACAGGAUCAACACCACCUCGGAUGGGAAGGUCUAUGUGACAGCAGAAAGCCGUUUCAGCACCCUGGCAGAGCUCGUGCACCAUCACUCAACCGUAGCAGAUGGCCUGGUGACAACUCUGCACUACCCAGCACCCAAGUGCAAUAAGCCCACUGUCUAUGGAGUGUCCCCCAUCCAUGACAAGUGGGAGAUGGAGAGGACUGACAUCACCAUGAAGCACAAGCUCGGGGGAGGGCAGUAUGGCGAGGUGUAUGUGGGGGUCUGGAAGAAAUACAACCUCACUGUUGCUGUGAAAACAUUAAAGGAAGAUACCAUGGAGGUGGAAGAGUUCUUGAAAGAAGCUGCUGUGAUGAAGGAGAUCAAGCACCCAAACCUGGUGCAGUUGUUGGGUGUGUGUACCCUGGAGCCACCCUUCUACAUCGUGACGGAGUACAUGCCAUAUGGGAACCUGCUGGACUAUCUGCGGGAUUGCAACCGGGAGGAAGUGAGUGCUGUUGUGCUGCUCUACAUGGCCACCCAGAUCUCCUCUGCCAUGGAGUACCUGGAGAAGAAGAACUUCAUUCACAGGGACCUGGCAGCACGGAACUGUUUAGUUGGAGAAAACCACGUGGUGAAGGUGGCUGACUUUGGCUUAAGUCGACUCAUGACGGGUGACACCUACACAGCCCACGCCGGGGCCAAGUUCCCCAUCAAGUGGACGGCUCCCGAGAGCCUGGCCUACAACACCUUUUCCAUCAAAUCAGAUGUGUGGGCCUUUGGGGUGCUGUUAUGGGAAAUUGCUACCUAUGGGAUGUCACCGUACCCAGGCAUCGACCUCUCUCAGGUGUAUGAUCUGCUGGAAAAGGGCUAUCGGAUGGAACAGCCGGAGGGGUGCCCUCCCAAGGUGUAUGAACUCAUGAGGGCAUGCUGGAAGUGGAACCCACCAGACCGACCUUCCUUUGCUGAGACCCACCAGGCCUUUGAAACCAUGUUCCACGACUCAAGCAUCUCAGAGGAGGUAGCAGAGGAGCUUGGAAGAACAGCCUCCUCCUCAUCCAUAGUUCCUUACCUGCCCCGCUUACCAAUGCUUCCCUCCAAGACCAGAACACUGAAGAAACAGGCGGAGAACAAGGAGAACAUUGAAGGAACACAGGAUACUGUGGAGCACUCGGCUUCCAGCUCAGCACCAGGUUUCAUCAGAAGCACACAACCAAUAACUGGGUCUCCUGCGCUGCCCCGCAAGCAGAGGGACAAGUCACCCAGCAGCCUGCUGGAGGAUGCCAAAGAGACCACGUUCACCAGGGACAGAAAAGGUGGCUUCUUCAGCUCCUUCAUGAAGAAGAGGAAUGCUCCCACGCCUCCCAAGCGCAGCAGCUCCUUCCGGGAGAUGGAGAACCAGCCCCAUAAGAAGUACGAGCUGACGGGUAACUUUUCCUCUGUUGCUUCCUUGCAGCACGUGGACGGGUUCUCCUUUGCUCCCACGCAGCAGGACACGAGCCUGGCACCCCCCAAGUGCUAUGGAGGGGGCUUUGUGCAGAGGACCUUCUACAACGACGAUGGCACAGGGCCCAGCACUGGCGGGGCCGUGAGCACCAGUGGAGGGUGGUCGGGCAUCACUGGUUUCUUUACACCACGCUUGAUUAAAAAGACACUGGGUUUACGAGCAGGAAAACCCACUGGCAGUGAAGAAGCUUCAAAGCCUUUUCCAAGGUCAAACUCUACAUCUUCCAUGUCCUCAGGGCUUCCAGAGCAGGAUAGGAUGGCAAUGACCCUUCCCAGAAAUUCACAGAGGUCAAAAAUUCAGCUGGAACGGACUGUGUCCACCUCCUCUCAGCCCGAUGAGAGCACGGGGAGGGCCAAUGACCUGCUUCCCAAAAGGUUUGACGAAGGCCCUGCUUUGACCAGAGAGAGACCAAAAGCAAAGCUCUUGCCGAGGGGUGCCACAGCACUCCCCUUCCGAACUCCCUCCACACUGGAAGAAAAGGAGGGUCCAGGGCUAGCAGCAGCUCCUAAGGGAAAAGAAAAAAACAGUGGCCCACGACAGGGGGCCCUUGAGGAUGGCGAGAGGCCGGGGUGGUCAUCUCCAGGCAAGGCUGCAGCAAUACUUCCAACCACUCAUAACCACAAAGUGCCAGUCCUAAUCUCACCCACUCUAAAACACACUCCAGCAGACGUGCAGCUCAUUGGCACAGACUCUCAGGGUAAUAAAUUUAAGCUCUUAUCUGAGCAUCAGGUCACUUCUUCCGGCGACAGGGACCGGCCCAGACGGGUAAAACCAAAGUGUGCUCCACCUCCACCACCAGUGAUGAGGCUCCUCCAGCAGCCGGCUGCCGGCUCCGACACAGCGGAAGAGCUGAGCCCCGCGGCGGGAGCGCAGCACGGACUGGAAUCGAGUGAAGGGAGCAAGAAGGCGGCAGCAGCAGCAGCACCUGUUGGUGGGAAAGCUGGGAGGCCCGUGAUGCCUCCACCUCAAGUGCCUCUGUCAUCGUCUUCCACGUCCCCAGUGAAGAUGGCCAACGGCACGGCUGGCACGAAGGUGACGCUGAGAAAGACCAAACAGACAGCUGAGAAAAUCCCCGCAGACAAGAUCAGCAAGGAGGCGCUGCUGGAGUGCGCGGAUCUGCUCUCCAGUGCCAUUGCCGAGCCCACCCCCAACAGCCAGCUGGUGGACACGGGGCACCAGCUGCUGGAUUACUGCUCAGGCUACGUGGACUGCAUCCCGCACACCCGCAACAAAUUCGCCUUCCGGGAGGCCGUGAGCAAACUGGAACUCAGCCUGCAGGAGCUGCAGGUGUCCUCGACGGCCACCGGCGUCCCCGGGGCAAACCCCGUCCUUAAUAACUUAUUGUCAUGUGUCCAAGAAAUCAGCGACGUGGUGCAAAGGUAGCUACUUGUCCAUCUGGGUAAGAGAAACACUCACGGGGAGGGGGGGACUUUUUUUCUGUACUGAUGCUUUCAAAAGGAAAGACUGAUACUUGAGUAUGUGAAGUACCUCAGAUCACUGAGUUCUCCUCACGUUUACAGGUUCAUCUCAAAGAAAUGGGGAUGGAGAGGGUAGAUUAAAGCUGUAAGGGGCAAACAUCGAGGAUCUGUCUCCACCUAAUCAGGCUGAUCUGCUUGGUAUGGCAAGGGAAGGCAGUUUCUUGCUCCUCCCUUGGAGAGGCAGCAGAACCGAUAGCAGGUUCUUGCUCUGGGAAGGAUGGUUGAUGUGGCAGCCAGAGUACUGGGGUGGCUGCAGGCUGCUCUGCUGCACAGAUCCUGCCCUGUCUGCACUCACGGGUGCUUUGCUCUCCCAACAAGGCAAAGGAAAAGCACUGGGGCUCCACUGGUACCGACGGCCGAGCAGUCGGAGACGGAGGGGCUCCCGGGGGGGGUCACGUGCAGCUGGGGGGAAGGUCUAAUGCACUGACAGUGUUCAGAGCUGCUGGAGGUGGAUGUACUAGCCUGGAUGGCUUAACUUCCACAGCACUGUUGCUGCUGUAAUGAGAACUGCAAAGUUAGUUAAUAUAUGAAACUAUCCCUUUUCCCUCCUGUCCACCUCAUCCACCACAUGUUCUCAUCAUCAUUGUGUCGGAAGCGUCAGGGAUGCUGGGCAGACUUACCACUGGAAUACCCCCUUCCCCACCACACAGCCUUCACUCACUGAUACCUAUUUCUAGUGGUCUAGCACGGGUGCUGCUUGAUGGUCGUUUUUGAGUAGUUUGGGGCUUUUGCACAACUUGCCAGUGUUGUUGUUGGUGUGGGUGGGUUGUUUCUUUUUUAAGCUCUAGGUUGUUUUUAACUUGUUACCAGGUUGACUCCCCAUUUCAGUUUGAUCCCCUUGAGGACCCACUAUAGGUCAGGGUCCCACUAUAGGAGCCUCUGCCACCCCUGGCUGUUCUCCACAUUCCUUUAGCAGUCCCAGCACUGCAGGGCAAGCUGGAGAGCCAGGAAGUACAGCCCGGCUUGCCCCCCACAGGGAUUCCCCGGAACUGUCCCCACUCUUCACACUGCCAGAUUCCUGAGAUUUGUUCUAGCCCUUACCGGUCUCACAGGCUUCCAGCUUUCCCUGCAUCCAAGGGUGACAAAGUGUGGCAGCACACAGGGGAACCACAAGCAUCUCUAUUUAUUUAUUCCUGUAUUUUAAAGGCUAGACCAGAAUCCUGUGCUGUGCUGUAGGGAACAUGUGCAUAAACUGUGCACUCCUCUGCUGAGAGGUGACAACAGAAGUUAUGGCUCUGCCUUGAAAGGCCACCACUGGGUCUCUGAUGCCUUCUCACAGUCCCAGAGCGAGAGCAGCCGAGUGGUUGACAUUAUCUCCCUUGGUCCUGUACUGUUUGUAGGCUACUGGGGCCUCACAAAGCUGAUCUUCUGUGUCUGCACACAACUCCCCGAGGUGUAGAUGUGCAAGCAGGGAGACCUCAGCUGUUGGUUUGUGAGAGGAAGGACAGAGGCCUGAUACCUGACUCCAAAUAAAUGUCACCCUGCGCGCUGCUGCUCACUUCACACUGUUGGUGACAGAGGAUCUCGCUUGCUUUGCACCUUAAAUCUUUUAGUUCUGGCUAAAAUGCUCUUUAAACUUGUUUUCAAAGCAUGACUGUGCUGCAUUUAGAGUGUAGCUGGGCCAAGUGUGACUUUAGAAGAUGGACACUUCCAUUGCUGUCUGGAAGCAUCACCCUGUUGGUGCUUGGGAGCAGGCUGGGCUGUCUAAGUGGGUGUCCCUGCUUUAUCCACAGAGCACAGCAAGACAGGGGCCUUGAAAAAUCUUUAGAAAUGGGCUGGUGUCUGAGAAUCCUCCUCUUAUUCCUGGUCUGUGGCAAACAACGUUGUGUCACGGUGUGUGGAGGCACAGCAGAGGGGCAGCAUGUGAGGGACAAUGGACCACGAGAGCUUCCCUGGCCAAGUGAAAGGAGAGGGGACAAAAAGAGCCAAGCAGCCCCUUGUGCUGUCCAGUUCUGCCGCAGGAUCCAGUGUGCCCAGGAUCCCCUGGGGGCUCUUCCACAGCCACACCCAGCUGAGCACCAAACCCUUUAUCUUGUAGACUUUACUGAGGGCUUUUGUGGUUUACCUUAUCUCUUUCAACCAUCUUUAUGGCAGGUGUGCAUCCAAACUAUCUGCCUUUGGAAAGGUGACCUGCAAAGGGAAGGCUGCUUGUGGCAUUGCUUCACAUGGCCUGUCAAACAAUCAGAAGGAUUUAGAAGGUAGGGGAGCUUUCUUUGGGGCAGAAGGGCAGGUUUUGCUUGGCCUGGCAGACAAUCAUCUGCUGUGGUGUCAUCCUUGUGCAGCUGCUCAACCAAGGACAAAGGGGCUCAAAUUGCAGGGAUUCCCAGGGGAAGGGUAUUUUAACCACAACAUUUUAAGGUUUAGUCCAGUUCUGAUGAGUAUUUUUUAAGCCUUUUCUUUUCCUGAAUGCCAGUCUUCCAGAAAAGCUCCAGCAAAAGUGAUAGAACAGCAAUAUGGAAUUUCUAACUACUGAAACUGCCCUCUUGCAGCCCUUUCAGAAGAACCAGCUGUGUCCCAGUAAAGCACUGGUUCAUCUCCACUGGCCAUCCCCACUUCCUUUCAGAUGCCACUUCGGUUUCUUCUUCCCCCCACAGAAGAGAUGGGCAGUGGGACAGGGCAGCAUCCAACUGCUUUUCCCGAGUCACAGAAUAGCUGAGGUUGGAGGGACCUUUGGAGAUCACCUGGUCCAAACCCCCUGCCCAAGCAGGGCCACCCAGAGCCCCUGCCCAGGACAAGGCCCAGGCAGCUUCUGAGUAUCUCCAGGAAUGGAGACUCCACAACCCGAGUGCCCAACACUGGAGCCUGUUCAGUGCUGAUCCCUCCUGUGGUGGAAAAACGUGGGGAUUUGCCUGUUGUCACUCCCAUGGAGAGCAUUUUCCCUGCUCUUACCUAUCACCACAUGUCAGGUAGGUAGAUGCUGGCAGAGGUAGUGCUGACCUGACAGUUGGUUCUUUCCCCCUAAAUCAGAGGCUGCAGAAUUGCUGCUGCUUCUGUGUUUUAUUCCCAAACUGCCCUCUGGCAGGAUAGCACAAGGAUGCUAUCUGGGGAAGCUGGUUCUGCUGUAAAUCCCCACCUAGUUCUUCUUCCUUCCACUGCUGCUUCCAAAAUUGUUACUGUUCCCUCUCCCUUGAGCUAGGCCUGGCUUUCUCUUCAGCCUUAAAGGUCUCCAUUGUGGCCAAUUCUCUGCUUUCAGCCUUGCAAAGGACCGUAUGGCUCGUGAUGCUUGUUACUUGUCCCAGUAGAGAGCAUGUCUUGCUCUACUGGUUGGGGCAGGGGAUGAGGCAUAAAUCCUGUUGUUUGCUCUCCCCAGCACUGUCAGGCAGCCAUGGGGGCACAGACACCCUCACAGCUGGGCACUGGUAGGGGCUGGAAUUUAAAGUCAUUGUCUUUGCAACAGGGGUGGCACCACAUCGGACACAGUAACGCCAAGCACAGAGUGUGUGCUCAGAGUGAGCUCAGUGGGGCACUUUCUCUUCCUACCACUGUGGGAAUCAGCUGACUCAUAGGUGCAAUUCUCUCUUCUUCCUGCAUUUACACCCUUUUUGAUCCCCAAGCAGUGCACUCGAUUUAAUCACGUUCUUUGUUAGCGUGGUUGGGGUGAGGCUGAGCCAAGAGUCUGGGCUUUGGGACUGCACCAAAUUUAGCCACUGGGAAAGGGGAACUGAAGGGAGCAGCACUGCUGAUGCAGAACACAACAGGGAGGGAGGGCUGUCCUUGUCCCCCUCACCCAGGAUGUUCCUCCUGAGCACCACCGGCCUCGUGUCAGUGACGCACAGCCCAACACGUGCGUGUUGACAUCCACCACGGGGGCUAUGCAGGAGUUGUGGGGCAGACCAUGCUCUGUGGGCGGCAGGAACUAAACCCCACAGCCAGGGGAGGGACACAGAGCAGCCCCUCCCUACAAGGCAGGGGAGAAUGAGGGGUGGGAUGGGUUACACUGUGCAGCCACAGAGCAAUCCCGACCCUGGUGUCCCACCACUUACCCGAGGCAGGCUUUGACUCUGGGGCAGCUGUAGCUGUAAUGAGCACCAACAGCUCCAGAAGAAGGUUGCUGCAGGGCCCACAGGCUGCUGUCUCCUCUUGUUACACACUCAGCCCAGCCUGGCUGCUAAUGGGGAGCUGGCAGGUACUGAAAUGUAGUGACUGCAGCACACAUGGAAACCUCCACCAGCGCUGUCCCGCACCAGUGGGCACUGGGAUCAUGCUGCAGUUCCCUGGAGUGUUGAAUAAGGCCCUCAGCCCAUUCCCUGGAGGCAGGUAAUGAGGUUCUGGGACAGCUGAGUGAUUAUCACCCCUACACACUGAGCAAUGUCUGUACCAAAGGAGGUCGUUCUACCCAUGUGUCUGUUGUGAGGCCGAUGGGCUCGGCACCGCACGUUGUUUGUAUUGGUAGUGAACUCAUUGAGGGCAGGAAAGGAUUAAAAUUGAACACAUUAAUCACCAAUCACUCUACCAGUGUUGUCAACUGGUCUUGUUUUUUAAUUGUUAUUGUAAUAUAUUUUGGUUGGUUUUCUAAUUUAAUUCUCUCACUAUUGUCUGACUGUGAACUGCGAACAGUGUUAAACUUGAUGUAAAUAAGGCCCUUGGAAGGGCCUCUUUGCCUGUCGUUCCACAAAGUUUUGCCAAUUUGCAUUUUAUUUUAAAUAAAGGUUGCAAUAUUUUAUUGGCAAAAACCA